AUGGGCGGGCGGGCAGCCGCAGGAGCCAGGAGCAAACGUGAGGCCUGUCCAGUGGGUCUUUGCCGUGCAUCCUCCAGAUUUACGACUUCCGAUGGCCCGACCGAGAAGAAUGGCCCGACGCACGGCUGUCCCGAAGUGAAGGCGCUUGAAGAGGAGCACCUUCGACCUCUGCGCGAGUUCAGCCGCGUCGUCGUGGUGCGAGGCCACAAGGCGGCCAUCAGCCGUGACCUACCACUCAUCGGCACCGUCCUGGCCGAACGCGGAUGGCAACUCAGGGCGCCGUCGUGGUUUCGUCGCGCUCCGCCCAACACUGGCGGCGGUGGCAGCGCUCCGGCGUACUCGGUCUCGGGGCUUGGAUCGGCAGCCGCUGCUGCUUCUCCACUGGCUAGGCUUAACAACACUGCGGGCAAUGACGGAGGAAACGUGUUGCAGCAGCCCUCCGAGUGGGUGCUGCUAUUGUGUUUAAGCUUCAGCGACGGGGACAACGGAGCAUGCGUGGAGACUGCUGAGCUGUCUCAAUACCAAGCGGUGAACAAGAUCCCUGGCUUGAAGAACGUUCUGCUCAAAAAAGAUGCCUUCUGCAACACCAUGAAUGACGCCAGAAAGAUCCCAGGCGUGAUGAAGGCUUCUUUGGUGCCCCUGUGCUUCGUGCUGCCCACUCAGUACCAGCAGUUCGUCAACGUGGCCGAUGCGCUUGGCUACUCGGCGCACUGGAUGCUCACACCGCUCGCCCCCGGAGCCAAGGAGAGUGCGCCCGAGGCACUGGACAUCUUCACUCCGCUGGGUAGAGCUCGCAUCCAGCAAGCUUCGACGAGGCGUGCUGUGGUACACCAAGCGCUCUCGGCUCCCUUGCUGGUGCACGGGCAGCCGGUGAGCCUGCGCGUGUUCGUGCUCAUCACGUCGCUGUCUCCACUGCGUGCCUACGUGCACACCGAGGGCAUGGUGCGGCUGAGGAUGGACGUUACACGCACUAUACGCCCCAUUUCGGGAAGAAAAUGGCCCUUGUCACGCUUCUGGCGCUUCGUGGAGCGCAACUACGGCCGCCAGUCUCUGCAGACGGCGCUGGAGAGCCUCUCUGACGUUCUGGUGCGGACGCUCCUCGUAGCCGAGGCCGUGCUACAGUCGACCCCGGCCGCGCAGGGACUUCGUAGGUCGAGAAAUUUUACUUUUCCUACUGCGUGCAGGCUUCCCAAGUGCUUCCAGCUGCUCGGGGUGGACCUGACGCUGAACACUUCCUUCCAACCUGUGGUGACCGAGGUGAAUGGGCAACCCAGCUUCUACCGGAGUCCAAGGGUGGAGGACGAGCCGACCAACAGACUCAAGCAGCGGGUGCUGGCCGAUGCCUUGAGCCUCUUGUUCGGCGCCCGGACCGUGGCUGACGAACUCGCGGAAGCCAUCGACGAGGUUUUCGAGAACCUAGGAAUCAUGGGCCUUAGCUGCCAGAUCUCCCACGACCUGUGCCUUAGCCGUGAAGACCUGGUCUUUCUCAUGGAUACGCGAAGGGAGUCUGUGCAGACGGGAGGAUUUCAGCAGCUGUACCCGACGUACAAGAGUGGACAGUACAAAACAUUUAUCGACGAGCUAGAACAGCUGCACAUGGGAACUCUUGAAGGUGGAGGAGGAGCAACCGAAGAUAUGCAAAGGAGUGGUAGCCAGCACGGCACCGCCGACAUGCACCCGAUAGUGGUGGCGUUGCAAAGGCACUUUAACCGGCAUGUGGCUGACGACAACUACUCAGACCUCGAGCCAGAGCCCAGCGACGUUUGGAAAGGGACCAACAGUUCCUCGGUCCAGCAGAGUGAGAAACAGGAAGAUGACUUGCUCAGCGGAAAUCAGGACUUCUACGCCUGGAGUCAACACCCGUCCACGAUGCCGUACCUGGCGCGAAUCGUGACGGAGCCGUCGGUGCGCCUUCAGCCGGCUUUCAAGCCUCAGCGGACCGAGUACUUCGCCAACGUCUCGUACGACCUGGUCCUCGUCAAGGUGUGGGGCCUGGCUCAGCACUGCGGCAGCCAAGUUCGUGUUGACGACAAGUACGGCCCGGCCAGGCCGGCGAAUUACACCCUCGGCGUGGGUGAGAACAAAGUCGUGUUGUACGUGAUGGAUGGCGGCCAGCCCGACCCGUGGGUGGUCAACGCCUACACACUGCUGAUUCGGCGCAUGCCGCUUGCAGACGACGGUGUGGUAUUCAGCCCUGCCACUCAACACCAAGUGUGCAGCCUUAAGCAGGUAGAAUGCGAAAUGCAAGUCGCACCAGGGGAACCUUGUGGCCUCUACAGCGAGACGUCAGUGGAUUGGCCCAGCUACCUGGAAAAGACAGCCAGGCUGCCAGUCUGCAAGGAUGGUAGCUCCCAAGGCCGCUGGAUGGUCCCUUGCGAGAAGUGCGCCGCCAAGGAGUCCUGUUACUGGAAGGAAGCCCGCUGGCAGCCCUACCAGUGCCGCUACGUGAACUUGCCGCAGAGGACGCUGGCGCGGUGCAUGGCUGGCAAGAAGUUGCUGUUUAUUGGAGACUCGACCAACCGGGGCAUGAUGCACUACGUCAUGGAGCGUCUCAACGGCUCCCUCCAGCAUUGGGACAAGACGCACGACCUGCGCGUGUACGCCAACCUGAACCGCGGCGAGACAGCGGUGGCGUUUGCGUACUACCCGCAGUUCUGGCUACCGACUAGUUCUGGCUACCGACUAGUCUUCGACAAGGCACUCUACCAGCUUAUCGAGAGGUCGAAGCCACUACAGAACAACUCAAACACAGUACUCAUCGUGGGAGGCGUCCACUGGCUAGCGACUCAGCACCUUUACAUGCUGGUCAAGGCACUGCGCGGGGACCACCUUCAAGGUAUCAAGCUUAUCAUCAAGACACUGGGAGCGGGGUUUCACCAGCCCGUCGAAGGUAUACACUGCCUCAGUAUGAACGAACAGAAGAAGCUGAUGAUGCAGAACCUGUGGUUAGCAGAGUUCGCGCGCCACUACGACAUCGACGUCAUCGACACCUUCAACAUCACGGUGGCACGCUACAAAGACUUUCUGCAAGGAAAAUGUGCUUGCCACUUCCACAAGGUGGUCCCCGUGCAAGCGCCCAAGAACAGGCCUCCUGGGAAGCCGCCGCCACCGCCUUCGUACCACGUGGAAGGCGACAUCAACGCCGUCUACAGUGAGAUCCUGCUCAACCGCAUAUGCGCCAAGUAUGCCGAGGACAGCUGA